AUGUUCAACCAAGCUGAUAAUAACGAGGCUAUAUAUGGUGGAGGAGAACAGUAUUCUUACCUUAAUCUCAGAGGUCGUCAAUAUCCUAUCUGGACGGGAGAACAGGGUAUCGGAAGAAACAGAAGUACAUUGGUAACUUACGUCACAGAUUUAAAACAAUCCGGUGGAGAUUAUUACACGACGUAUUUUCCACAACCAACUUUUUACAGCACCAACAAAUAUUACUUCCAUCAUGGCGGUUCUAAUUACGCCAUCUUGGAUUUUUCACAUCCGGAUUUCCAUGAGAUCUUCAUAGCAGAUCAGCCGGGUAGACUGUAUUUUAAUUCGGCUGAAACCUUUCCACUCCUGGUUUCUAGUCUCACCAACUUUCUUGGGAGGAUGCCAAAUCUUCCGGAUUGGAUUCAUGAUGGUGCUAUUAUUGGUGUUCAGGGUGGAUCAAAACAGAUGAUGGAUUAUAUCAACUAUUCUCAAGCUCAUGGUCUGAAUAUUGCCGGUGUUUGGAUUCAAGACUGGGCUGGUUCUGUAGAUGAUCUAUUUGGUCAUAGGUUGUUCUGGAACUGGGAGUGGAACCAACAACUUUAUCCUGUGGAUAGUAGUUUAUUUAAAUAUGCUGAACAAUUCGGUUAUUUUGUCAAGAAUUCGUCUAAUGAGACGUAUAUUCAAGAUUUUGCUGGUAUAAUGGCUGGCAGUAUAGACCUAACCAAUCCGGAUGCUUAUCACUGGUACAAAAACCAAAUCAUCAAAGAAAAUAUGAUAGAGUUCGGUAUGAGUGGCUGGAUGGCUGACUUCAGUGAAUAUCUACCAAUAGAUGCCAAGCUUUAUAACAACCAAUCAGCGAAGUCGUAUCAUAAUAUAUGGCCAGUACUGUGGGCUAAAUUAAACCGGGAAGCUGUAGAGGAACUUGGAAUGCUUGGAAAGGUUGUUUUCUUUUUAAGGGCCGGAUUUUCUGGAACUGGUAAAUACAGUACGCUAAUGUGGGCGGGUGAUCAAGACGUUGAUUUUACCUAUGCCGAUGGAAUAGCCUCUACCAUCCCAGCAGCUUUAAACAUGGGUCUCAGUGGAGUGGGCAUUACCCAUUUCGAUAUAGGGGGCUACACUACCUUUGCCCCGCUACUGGUCCGAAGGGAGGAACUUCUGCUUAGAUCUGCGGAGUAUGCGGCGUUUGGUCCGGUAUUCCGAACACAUCAAGGAAACCAACCGAAAGAAAAUGUUCAAUUUUAUUCAACUCCAGAAAUAUCGGAUAAAUUCGCCAGACUAACGCACAUUUUUAAAACGCUGAAAAACUAUACUAAGAUCGUGUUAAAUGACACGGUGACGUCAGGCGUCCCCGCCUACAAACCACUAUUCUUUAAUUAUCCCGAUGACGUCAGAUGCUACAACGUGACGUAUCAGUUCCUAUAUGGGAAUGAUUUAUUAAUAGCCCCGGUUAUAUUAGAUUUUAGAAAACACUGGGACUACUUACAAAGAUGUGAUUAA